CCUCCAACUCGCAAGCUUCCAUCACUUGAGCCACAACGACUUUCGCAAUACGAAGGUCUCAACAAAACGAUUGAUUACCACUUUCACUCAUACCACUAACCAUCAGCACUUACCAACAGCAGCCAUGGCACCACCGCGCACAACCAAGGAAUCCACACCCACAAACCCCUCCACAGCUACCACUCGCCAGAGUGUACGGUACUCUCGGAAACACGUCAUCCAUGAAGCAAAUGAUCUCGAAGAUCUCGGCCAAGGCAAUAGCGCAGUCGACGAUGAACACGUUGGAGAUGAUGAGGCAGAAGCAUUGCAGCGCACUUCCGAUGGCACACUGGAACAAAUGAUGGUGAAGAUGGUAGAUGACCGACGCAAGUAUCACAACAUGUCGAAGAAGAAUGUAGGUAUAGCUUACAACAAGAAGAAAGAGGAGAUGGGAGAGGCCAUCAACGUAGUCUUUGACACACACGAGACCGAUGCAUCAACAGCCCACCAAACACAGCUCAAACGUCUUCAAGAUCUUCUCGGCCAAAAGAUCAGUAUCGAAACCGCCAUGGGUAGGCAGCUAGCGAGCUUGCAAAAGAUAUACAACGCGCACUCUCGUGAUCUGGAGACAGUCAUCGAAAGCCGGCUACGGGAGAUGAAGUGAGCCCUAGAACUCCGGGGACAAAAAGAGAGCGAUGAGCCGGGCAUGCGCAGAAUGUUGCGGGCCUGUCGCAGGGACAGCCCGCCACUACAAGUGUCACGAAUCUCGUCUUGAGCGUCAUGGGCCAAGUCAUAGCAGAACAAGCAGGCAAUGCCUCCUCAAAGUUGAGGUCUCAGGUAUUAGAGUAAUGUAAUAUAAUUCAAGGAU